AUGAUGGCUACUUUGCCGGGAACAGUGCCUCGGAUGGUGCGCCCCGCGCCAGGCCAGAACUACCCCCGAACCGGCUUCCCUUUGGAAGGUGAGAGGAAGGACACUGUUUUAUUUAUUUGUUUGUUUGUUUGUUGUGGCGCAGUGUCCACCCCUCUGGGCCAGGGCAGGGUGAACCAGCUCGGCGGAGUGUUCAUCAACGGGAGGCCGCUGCCGAACCACAUCCGGCACAAGAUCGUGGAGAUGGCGCACCACGGCAUCCGGCCCUGCGUCAUCUCGCGACAGCUGCGCGUGUCUCACGGCUGCGUCUCCAAGAUUCUGUGCCGGUACCAGGAGACCGGUUCGAUCCGUCCCGGGGCCAUAGGAGGUAGCAAGCCCAGGCAGGUGGCCACGCCGGACGUGGAGAAGCGAAUCGAGGAGUACAAGCGUGAGAACCCGGGUAUGUUCAGCUGGGAGAUCCGGGAUAAGCUGCUGAAGGACGGGGUGUGCGACAGAAGCACAGUUCCUUCAGGUGAGGCUUCAUCUGUGAGUUCCAUCAGCCGCGUUUUGAGAGCCCGAUUUGGCAAAAAAGAUGACGAGGAUGACUGUGAUAAGAAGGAUGAAGAUGGAGAAAAGAAAACAAAGCAUAGCAUCGAUGGCAUCCUCGGUGAUAAAUGCAACCGCACGGACGAGGGUUCAGAUGUCGAUUCGGAGCCCGAUUUGCCCCUGAAGAGGAAGCAGAGGCGCAGCCGCACCACCUUCACCGCUGAGCAGCUGGAAGAGCUGGAGAAGGCUUUCGAAAGGACGCAUUACCCUGAUAUCUACACCAGAGAGGAGCUGGCUCAGAGGACAAAACUCACAGAAGCAAGAGUGCAGGUGUGGUUUAGCAACAGAAGGGCUCGAUGGCGCAAGCAGGCUGGCGCCAAUCAGCUAGCAGCUUUUAACCACCUUCUUCCCGGAGGAUUCCCACCCACAGGGAUGCCGACUUUACCCACAUACCAGCUACCAGAGUCCAGCUACCCCAGCGCCACGCUAUCACAGGAGGGCGGCAGCACAUUGCACAGACCCCAGCCCCUGCCUCCGUCCUCCAUGCACCAAGGAGGUCUUAGUGCUGACAGCAGCUCUGCUUACGGCCUGUCGUCCAAUCGCCACAGCUUCUCCAGCUACUCCGAUACCUUCAUGAGCCCUUCAGCGUCUGGCAACCACAUGAACCCAGUUGGCAACGGGCUCUCCCCACAGGUGAUGAGUAUCCUGAGUAACCCCAGCGCCGUACCCUCUCAGCCUCAGCACGACUUUUCCAUUUCCCCCCUGCACAGCAGCCUGGAGAGCUCCAACCCCAUCUCAGCUAGCUGCAGCCAACGCUCUGACACCAUCAAGAGCGUGGACAGCCUGGCUUCCUCCCAGUCAUACUGCCCCCCCACCUACAGCGCCACCAGCUACAGCGUGGACCCUGUCACUGCAGGCUACCAGUACAGCCAGUACGGCCAAACUGCUGUAGACUACCUUGCUAAGAAUGUAAGCCUGUCCACCCAGAGGAGGAUGAAACUCGGGGACCACUCGGCGGUGCUGGGGCUGCUGCAAGUGGAGACGGGACAAGCCUACUAAAGCUACACCCUGCACCUCCAUUCCUCUGCCUCGCCCUGUUCCACCUUGCUCCAUCUACUCCAGCUUGGCUCCUUUGCGGCUCGCUUUGACACCAGAUAAAGUGAUGUCUGUUGGCUCAAGAAGUCAUUUUGGGGAAUGAAACAAAACUUUUCAAACUGUUGUCAAUCUCUGGGUGGCUACACAAUAUUUCCUCGGAAUCAUUUGGGCACAUUUGCCUUGCAACUUGUACUCCUGUCUACGUCCAAAACUCUGUUUAUCUCUCCCAGAUGGGCAGACAGGACCCCACAGACGGUGGAUCUCUAUAUGGCCUGAACUCCUGUUUGUCAUGGCUGCAGUCCAGCACACACUUGGAGCCAUCAACAAUUUGUACAUUGACCUCGCUGUUCAUAGUAGUUAACAAAGCAAAUAUCAUUUGACCAACUCUUCUUAUUCUUGUUCCUUUUUGAUAUUGUUCAGAUUAUUGUUGCUAUUAUAUGAUUAAUGUGAUUUUUUUGUUGUUCUUUGAUUCCAUUCGUAUCUCUUUUAUCUGUUAGAUGUUUGCGUGUAAAAAAAAAAAAAAAGAAAACGAAGACGAAACACAGUGGAUGACUGAGAUUGAUCUGGAAGCACAUGUCUGUUGUGUGUGUUUGCGUGUCAGCCCAUUCACACAAGAGAGGAUGAUUGUUUUCCA